AUGAACAUAAAACAAACAAUUUCCAACUCGCACUCUCUACUUAGCAUUCAUCUCUUCCUUUUUUCGGCCCUAGACAUCGCACGUGUGCCAACACAGACCUGGAGAGUUCUGGAUGGGUGGUUUGUCGCGUUGUGUAAGAUGACCAAACGCGGGUGCAACAGCACGCGGGCGGCUGUGAGCUGUGUGUGUGACACUGCACAGCACACGCUGUCACCACAGUCUUGUUGGCCAUACGGGACCAUUGUGCCCCACGUGUAG